CCUGCCUGCACCAGGCACUCUCUGAUCUGGGACGACUGUGGGCAGGUGUUUGUCGGCUCAGUUCACAGCACCAGCACCAUGCCCAUGACACUGGGUUACUGGGAUAUCCGUGGGCUGGCUCAUGGCAUCCGCCUGCUCCUGGAAUACACAGACACAAGCUAUGAGGAGAAGAGAUACACGAUGGGGGACGCUCCUGACUAUGAUGGAAGCCAAUGGCUGAAUGAGAAGUUCAAGCUGGGCCUGGACUUCCCCAAUCUGCCCUACUUGAUUGAUGGAGCUCACAAGAUCACCCAGAGCAACGCCAUCCUGCGCUACAUUGCCCGCAAGCACAACCUGUGUGGAGAGACAGAGGAGGAGAAGAUUCGUGUGGACAUGUUGGAGAACCAGAUUAUGGAUACUCGCAUGCAACUGGCCAGGAUUUGCUACAGCCCUGACUUUGAGAAAUUGAAACCAGAGUACUUGGAGCAACUCCCUGAAAUGUUGAAACUUUUCUCCCAGUUCCUGGGGAAGCGGCCCUGGUUUGCAGGGGACAAGAUCACCUUUGUGGAUUUCAUUGCUUAUGAUAUGAUAGAGAGGAAUCGAAUAUUUGAGCCAAAGUGCCUGGAUGCAUUCCCAAACCUGAAGGACUUCAUUUCCCGUUUUGAGGGCCUGAAGAAGAUCUCUGCCUACAUGAAGAGCAGCCGCUUCCUCCCAACACCUGUGUUCACAAAGGUAGCCAAGUGGGGUGGCAAGUAGGACCAAGGGAUGGGGCCAGGGAGUCCAUCCUCAUCCUGCCCUAGAAGCAGCUGGACCCACUGCAGCCCUGACUCCGCCUUCUCAUUUCUUCUUCUUUCCACGACCUUCCUAUUCUAUGGCCUUACCAGUCAUUUUCUUCCACUUAAUCCUUGACCCAUGUAGGCCAUUUAAAAAGUCCUCAGCUCCUCAUUUCCUUCAGCACCCUGACCAUCCUGCCUGGCAGAGGCUGCUUUGAGGAGCCUGGCUGAGGCCCUCCCCUUGGAGCUCAAUCCUGUUCUCUUGAGCUCUGCCCAGAAGACUCAAAUUGUGCCACUCUAUGUCUCUGUCCCCCAAUGAGGGUCCUGUGUCUGGUUUCUAAUAAAGUUGGAGUCACACUU